CACUCUUUUCCCCUCCCCGCCUGCCCGCCUGCUCACUACUUCUCACGACGAGAGCAGGCUCCCACUUUGCGCCGCCGCAUCGCGAGCAGCUCUUUUUCGCCCGAAGCGCGCGGGGCGCCCCCGCGAGCUUUGCGGAUGCUGCUGCUAGGGGUGGUGGGAGCAGCCGUGGGACGCGUGGCCGGGAGCGGGGGUGACAGCCUAGGAUUCCGGGGGCUUCUCUUCCUUGUCCUCCUCCUCUCUCUAGUCCUCCGCGGCUGACACUAAAGACUUUGUAGCCAUCAACCCGAGUGCAGUUUCGAUGGAAAAUGAAGGUUGCACGUUUUCAAAAAAUACCUAAUGGUGAAAAUGAGACAAUGAUUCCUGUAUUGACAUCAAAAAAAGCAAGUGAAUUACCAGUCAGUGAAGUUACAAGCAUUCUCCAAGCUGAUCUUCAGAAUGGUCUAAACAAAAGUGAAGUUAGUCAUAGGCGAGCCUUCCAUGGUUGGAAUGAGUUUGAUAUCAGUGAAGAUGAGCCACUAUGGAAGAAGUAUAUUUCUCAGUUUAAAAAUCCCCUUAUUAUGCUGCUUCUGGCUUCUGCAGUCAUCAGUGUUUUAAUGCAUCAGUUUGAUGAUGCCGUCAGUAUCACUGUGGCAAUACUUAUUGUUGUUACAGUUGCCUUUGUUCAGGAAUAUCGUUCAGAAAAAUCUCUUGAAGAAUUGAGUAAACUUGUGCCACCAGAAUGUCAUUGUGUACGUGAAGGAAAACUGGAGCAUACACUUGCCCGAGAUUUGGUUCCAGGUGAUACAGUUUGCCUUUCUGUUGGGGACAGAGUUCCUGCUGACUUACGCUUGUUUGAGGCUGUGGAUCUUUCCAUUGAUGAAUCCAGCUUGACAGGAGAGACAACACCUUGUUCUAAGGUGACUGCUCCUCAGCCAGCUGCAACUAAUGGAGACCUCGCAUCAAGAAGUAACAUUGCCUUCAUGGGAACGUUGGUCAGAUGUGGCAAAGCAAAGGGUAUUGUCAUUGGAACAGGGGAGAAUUCUGAAUUUGGGGAGGUUUUUAAAAUGAUGCAAGCAGAAGAAGCACCAAAAACUCCUCUGCAGAAGAGCAUGGACCUCUUAGGAAAACAACUCUCAUUUUACUCCUUUGGUAUAAUAGGUAUCAUCAUGUUGGUUGGCUGGUUACUAGGAAAAGAUAUCCUGGAAAUGUUUACUAUUAGUGUAAGUUUGGCUGUAGCAGCGAUUCCUGAAGGACUUCCCAUUGUGGUCACAGUGACGCUAGCCCUUGGCGUUAUGAGAAUGGUGAAGAAAAGGGCCAUUGUGAAAAAACUGCCUAUUGUUGAAACUCUGGGCUGCUGUAAUGUGAUUUGUUCAGAUAAAACUGGAACACUGACGAAGAAUGAAAUGACUGUUACUCACAUAUUUACUUCAGAUGGUCAGCAUGCUGAGGUUACUGGAGUUGGCUAUAAUCAGUUUGGGGAAGUGAUUGUUGACGGUGAUGUUGUUCAUGGAUUCUAUAACCCAGGUGUUAGCAGAAUUGUUGAGGCGGGCUGUGUGUGCAAUGAUGCUGUAAUUAGAAACGACACUUUAAUGGGAAAGCCAACAGAGGGGGCCUUAAUUGCUCUUGCAAUGAAGAUGGGUCUUGAUGGACUUCAACAGGACUAUAUCAGAAAAGCUGAAUACCCUUUUAGCUCUGAGCAAAAGUGGAUGGCUGUUAAGUGUGUACAUCGAACACAGCAGGACAGACCAGAGAUUUGUUUUAUGAAAGGUGCUUAUGAACAGGUGAUUAAGUACUGUACUACAUACCACAGCAAAGGACAAACUUUGUCACUUACCCAGCAGCAGAGAGAUAUGUACCAACAAGAGAAGGCACGAAUGGGCUCAGCAGGACUCAGAGUUCUUGCUUUAGCUUCUGGUCCUGAACUGGGACAGCUGACAUUUCUUGGCUUGGUAGGAAUCAUUGAUCCUCCUCGAACUGGUGUGAAAGAAGCUGUUACAACACUUAUUGCCUCAGGAGUAUCAAUAAAAAUGAUUACUGGCGAUUCACAGGAGACUGCAGUUGCAAUCGCCAGUCGUCUGGGUUUGUAUUCCAAAAAUUCCCAGUCAGUCUCUGGAGAAGAAAUAGAUGUAAUGGAUGUCCAGCAGCUUUCACAGUUAGUACCAAAGGUUGCAGUAUUUUACAGAGCAAGCCCAAGGCACAAGAUGAAAAUUAUUAAGUCUUUACAGAAGAAUGGUUCAGUUGUAGCCAUGACAGGAGAUGGCGUAAAUGAUGCAGUUGCCUUAAAGGCUGCAGAUAUUGGAGUCGCAAUGGGCCAGACUGGUACAGAUGUUUGCAAAGAGGCAGCAGACAUGAUCCUGGUGGAUGAUGAUUUCCAAACUAUAAUGUCUGCAAUUGAAGAGGGUAAAGGGAUUUAUAAUAACAUUAAAAAUUUUGUUAGAUUCCAACUGAGCACGAGUAUAGCAGCAUUAACUUUAAUCUCAUUGGCUACAUUAAUGAACUUUCCUAAUCCUCUCAAUGCCAUGCAGAUUUUGUGGAUCAAUAUUAUUAUGGAUGGACCUCCAGCUCAAAGCCUGGGAGUAGAACCAGUGGAUAAAGAUGUCAUUCGUAAACCACCUCGUAACUGGAAGGACAGCAUUUUGACUAAAAACUUGAUACUUAAAAUACUUGUUUCGUCCAUAAUCAUUGUUUGUGGGACUUUAUUUGUCUUCUGGCGUGAGCUACGUGACAACGUGAUAACACCUCGAGACACAACAAUGACCUUCACCUGCUUUGUGUUUUUUGACAUGUUUAAUGCACUAAGUUCCAGAUCCCAGACCAAGUCUGUGUUUGAGAUUGGACUCUGCAGUAAUAAAAUGUUUUGCUAUGCAGUUCUCGGCUCCAUUAUGGGACAGUUACUGGUUAUUUACUUUCCUCCACUUCAGAAAGUUUUUCAGACUGAGAGCCUAAGUGUAUUGGAUCUGUUGUUUCUUUUGGGUCUCACCUCAUCAGUGUGCAUAGUGGCAGAAAUUAUAAAGAAGGUUGAAAGGAGCAGGGAAAAGAUCGUCCAGAAGCAUGUUAGUUCAACAUCAUCGUCCUUUCUUGAAGUAUGAUGCAUAUUGCAUUCUUUUAUUUGCAAACUAGGAAUUGCAGUCUGAGGAUCAUUUAAAGGGCAAAUUCAAGAGGAUAAUGAAGAUUUGGGAACUUUUUAAACUUUUCAUUGACUAAAAAUGAACAUUAAUGUUAAAGACUUGAUUGGAGACUUUAACCUGCUGGCAGUCCAAAUGAAAUUAUGCAACUUUAAUAACAUAAUCUUUGAUUUAAAUUGGCUUUCGUGAUUGAGUGGAACUUGAUAAAGCCUAUGGGCAGUUAUUUAAUUAAAAAAAAAAAAAAAAAAAAGGCAAAACCUGAACCACCGUCUGCACUUAAAGAGGUCUAACAGUACAAAUACACUAUCUAUCUUAGAUACAUACAAAAUUUUUUUUAUUUUUAAAUAUUGUACUAUUUAUGGUGGUGGGGCUUUCUUACUAAUACACAAAUUUAAUCACUUCAAAGGCAUUCUGUUUGGUUUAAAAGUUGAUUCCCAGGAGUGCCAUAUUUCAGCUACUGUAUUUCUUUUUUCCUAUAAUGUAAGCAGCUCAGAUACCUUCUGCACCAUUUUUGUAUCUCAUGUUUUUUGCACAGGAUGUGACCACUGUCAGAUCACUGUUCUUUUGUGAUUGAAAAGCCUAUACUGCAAUUUGAAGUAAAUGUUUGUUUGCUUUUUCUUAGUUAAGUGUAAA